CUUGUGGCGGUGGGUUUGCGCCGGACAGAAGAUUAAAAAUCGGUGAAGAGAGACGGCGAAGCAGCGGAGGAGCCGAGGCGGAGGUCGGAGCAGGGCCAUGAUGGGGCCGGCACUGCUGAGCUUACCGCGCUCUUCGUCGUCUUCGGCUGUCUCCCCUUGUCAUCUCUCUCCGGGACGCCGAUCUGCCGCCGCCGCCCAGCGCCACCGCCCAUCGUUCCCCUCCAAUCCCGCCGCAGGAAUAUGCUAUGCAAGUCAAGCAGUUGAACUGUUGCCGUCUUUCUACCCGGGGGUUGUGGUUCGAGAUGCAAGGCUAGAGGACUGCUGGGAAGUAGCUGACACCCACUGUGGCUCAUUUUUUCCGGGUUACAAAUUCCCGUUAGACCUUGUUCUACGAAUUGAUCGUUACAUUGCCCUCCUAUCCGGUUUUUCGGUUCCACCUGGCUGCACGAGAACAUGCCUUGUUGCGGUUAACCCUACUGCAGUUAACAAUGCUAUCAGUAUCGAAUGUGGAGAUCUAAGAGAUGCUGAAUUUCAUGGGAAAUACGGUCUCAGUAAAGGCUCAAUAGCUGGCAUCCUUACGGUUGACACAGUGGCGGACUAUCUUCCAAGAAAGGGACCACUCAAGCAGAGAAGAUGUGGGGAAACACCUGAGCAUGUAAAACAAGCCGCCAAACCAAAACUCGAGGGUCAAAACGCUAUCCCGGCUGCCUUCGCACAAGCUCCACCCAGAACCAGCAAUGUAGAGUGGUCUGGGGCUUUUGUUUUGUUUUGUUUCUUCUUCUUUUUUCUCCUUUUUGCUCCUUUUCAGGUUGGUUCUCUGUUGUACAGUUCAGAUCAUUUUGAUGCUUUGUUAUAAUACAAAAUGACACGUAUUUAUAUGCAUAUUCGUGGGAAAAACAAAAUCUUCUUCACCUUAGCUAGUUGUGGCAGAUGAUUAGAAGCAUGAGACGUAACAAUAAAUAGUUAUUGCAACAAUUGUAUUUUUGUUUCUCCUUCCUGUAAUAGAAGCACUGUACAUUUAAAAUGUGUACUAUUUUGUUCCCCAAAAUAGAAACAGGCUGGGGAGGCAAUAUCAAGGGUCUCGCUCAAAAAAGAUGGCCGUUUUCUUUUUUGUGCUAACAAAUCAAGUUAAAAAGUUCCUUGACUCACAAUAAUAUGUCAGGGCAACAAUUAAACCACUGGAGAGGGGAGAAGUAAAAUAUAUCCAAACUCUGGCAUUUAAGGUAACCUGCAGUUGCAUUCUGAAAACUAAUAAGGUUUGAAAGUAACUAGUUGAACCAAGAUACCUUACGAUUCUAAUCCAACUUGGGAAUUCUUAAGGACAUGAAACAUUAAAUGUUUCUAUAACUCAUUCAGAAACAAAAAUAAUUGUAGAACACAUUAGCUGAAUAUUGGGAAAUGCCUCUCCCUUUCGAUAAAAAUAUAUUACUUGCAAGCUUGGCCCAUGCCUAUCUUGCUAGUGCGUGUGGCAGCUUUGCAAACAGAAGAAUCAUCGUUUUCUCACUGUCAGUCUUCUUGGAAACCCAUCUGGUGAACUCCCAAGAUGGCAUAAAUGAUAUACACCACCCAUAUAUUAGAUCAAUCACGAACAACACAAUUGUGCAACCUAUUUCUGUGUAAUUCUGACAUCUCAGUCAUUCUCAAUUAUCUAAUGCAUUUCAGUUUCUGGAAAACAAAAUGUUACUCUAUCUUGCCUGGAUGCUUCUACAUGACUUGUUCUGCUUUCCUUUUAUAGUUAUGGAUUGGCUUGGGAUGGGACCGCAUACCUUUUUAAAUUCCCUAUCUCCCUUUCUUGACUUAGAACCAAAAGUUAUAUAGUCAUGUAGGGCUAGAAAAACACAACUUCAGUGCAUCCUCCUUGUGUAGGCAGUCUAGUGUACCUACCAACAACAUGGACUACCAAAUUGAAUGUAACACUUUCGGACGACCCAUUUCCUUGCCUCAAAUAAACAACAUGGUUCGAGUAUAACCUGAACAUGCAAGUCUCACCCAGUUUUACUUGAACAAGAUGAAAAACGUGUCAUGAGUAUAAGAUGCCAGAACUCAGGCUGACUACAGGUUUAGUGGCAAAUGGAUGAACACAUUAUAGGUGCAUUGCUUAUUUGAAGAAAUUCCUUGUAAAUGGUGCUAGAGUUUCAAUUCAGGUUGAUUAGGAUGGGAGGCAAAAGCUUGUGCAGUAUCCCCUUUGAUAUUUUCGAUAACAAAAUAUGCUUAAAAGGUAACUGAUUAAAAGAAGAAUAAAAAUGCACUUCAAUCAUGUUGUCUAGCAUAGUUUGAGAAUGCAUUACUAACUUAGCUAGUCGACUGAGAUAGGAACCUAACAUAGGACAAGCUUUCUGGAAUGACAUCCAUGGCUCUUUCAUGCUUUGUAAUAUUAUAGGACAAGCUUCGUGUAUUUCUAGUGCAUCUUUUAAUCUCAGUGAGAGUCUCUUCAAGACAGUGAGAAAAUAGUUUCUCUGCACAGUUUGUUGAUUGUUGUUCAACAGUAUAUUGAUAAGAUAAUGGUCAGGUUACGUUGAGAUGUUAA